GUCAAAUGCGGAACUUAUGCGUCCAUAUAGCCCAUAGAACCUUGGCUCAUUGUUUUGCGCACAUAUACGAAAGGAUACGGCAGAAAACAUUAAAAACUGCACACGUGUUGUAGUGUCCACACCUCAAUGCGUGCUGGAGCUCAGCUCACGAACUUCAGCCGAACUUCGACGACUCUUAACAGACUGAUCACUUCAACUGUCAGAAUAGUUUACUGCCGUUUUCUAGUGGGGUGAAGAAUAACACUUUAGUGAUCUUGUAAUAUCAUUGAUGAAGAUUUUUCGUGACAUUCGUUUUUGCAUAUAAGCUUAAAUACUAGUUUGCUAUUUCAUUGUGAACAAACAGCGUAGAACAAUGAUUUUAGAGAGGAUAUCUCCAAGAAAAUGGUCUUUAUUAAUGCACAGGGGUGUGCUGAGACAGGCCCACUCGUUGGUUCCGCCGCAGCCGGUGCCUCCGCUUGCCCAGACGCUGCAGCGCUACCUGAGGGCUUUGGAACCGCUCUUACCGCCAGAUGAGCUCGAACACACCCACAGGAUCGUGCAGAAGUUUGGAUGCUCUGGAGGUCUUGGUGAAAAACUGCAGAGAGAGCUGAUCAAACGAGCAAAGCAUUCACACAACUGGAUCUCUGAUUGGUGGGUUCAGUGGGCAUACCUGGAGUGUAGGCAGCCUUUGGCAGUGCAUUCGAAUCCAGCCAUCUCUUUGCCUAAACGUGACUUCACAGACUGGAGAGGUCAACUAGUGUUUGCAUCAAGGUUAAUUGCAGGAGUGUUGGACUUUAAAGCUGACGUGGACAGUGGGAAGCUAGUGGUAGAGUAUAUGCGUGGACAGCCGCUAUGUAUGGAAUUGUUUCCUCAGUUGUUCUCCUCCUGUCGAAUCCCGGGACCCAAACAUGACCAUGUGGUUCAUUAUGGACGUCCACGCCGUGGCCCAGCUCACAUUACUGUGGUCAGGAACUACCAGUUUUUCCAGUUGGAUGUUUACAACAGUGAUGGAACACCAUUGACAGAAAGUCAGAUCCACGCUCAGCUGUUGCGAAUCCGCUCUCAGUCAUGGAAAACCGACAAGGAACCAAUGGGAAUUUUGACCAGCGAGCAUCGUCACACAUGGGGUCAGGCUUAUACUCGCUUGCUCAGAGAUAAAAUCAAUAAAGAAUCUGUGAGGCUGAUAGAGAAAUCGAUCUUUACGUUGUGUUUGGACUCUCCAGUUAUGAGGAUUUCUGAUGAGAAGUAUUCUAGUCGAAUGGCAGCACAGAUUUUGCAUGGCGGUGGGACUUAUUCAAACAGUGGCAAUCGCUGGUUUGACAAGACACUACAGUUUGUUGUCGGUGAGGAUGGGUCUUGGGGUCUCUUGUACGAACAUGCGACAGCCGAGGGUCCACCUAUAGCCACAUUGUUGGAUCAUGUGCUAAAAUACUGUAAGAAACCGGACACAGUGCGAGCUCCGUUAAUUCCGCUGCCCAUGCCCAAGAAACUGUACUUCUACAUCAAUUCUGAGAUCAAGUGGGAUCUAGAGAUGGCCAAGCAGAAUCUGGAUAUGUGAGUUCAACUGCCUGUUAUUGUUUUGGGCACUUUUUAUUGUUUAUUUAAAGGGCCCCUAUUAUGCUAAUUUCUAGGUUCAUAAUUUAGUUUGGGCUCUACUGGAAUACGUUUUACAUUGGGAAUUAUUUAAACAAGGAAUAUUGUGACUACAAGUGAGGGUUGCGUUAUUGGACUUUAAUCUUUGCAGAUCUUUUCAAUGGUCAAACAGCAACAUUACUCACUAAAGAAAGUUGAACAUGUAAAAAAGCAUAAUAGGUCCUCUUUAAUGUUACACUGCAUUCUUUUGCUGAAGAAUAUUUUGGUAGUACUUCGGGCUCUGCCUGACUGUGCAAAUAAAAAUGGUAAUUGUA